AUGGGAUCAAAAGAAUCAUGGGAAGAUUUGGUUUCCCGUAUUACAACAGCUGAGAAAAUCGUCUGUCGUACCUGUAAUAAUAAACAAGUACAGACUCAUCAAGAUGAUGCAAACAAGAAAUGUUAUUGUGGUCGCUUAGUUCAACGCCAUAGUUUUGAUCAUCCCUACUUAUCACUAGAUGCAAACAAUGGCAAUGCUACGACACCAAAUACAAACAAUAACAAUGCUGAGACACCAAAUUCUCCAAAGAAAUCUAAAAACGAACAUUAUACUACUGCUCGUGUGACUGUAUACGGAGUAUUAAAAUCCACUGAGGGUGUUGGUUGUAAAUACAUUCGAAUUCAUCAACACUCAUGUAUGGGGUCUAUCUAUAAAUUGCUUUUUAAUGAUUGUGGAGGUACAAAACCAACUCUCAUUUUAAGUGUUUAUGGUGGUGCUAAAUAUUUCACUAUGACUGAAAAACUAGAAAAAGAAAUUAUACGUGGUAUAAUUGAUGCUGCAGCAACGUCUAAUGCUUGGAUUCUAACUACUGGUAUUAAUAAUGGUGUUUCAAAAUUAGUUGGUGAAGGAAUAUCUCAUUAUCGUUUAUUGAAAGCUAAUCCAAAUAAAAUUAUUUGUGUCGGGCUAACAAAAUGGGGAACAAUCAAUGAAAGUACACGUUUUGAAUUAAAAUAUACAACUAAAGGUUAUCCAUCAGAGUUACGCCGUCGACAAAUCCCUGAUAAUGAUGCCGAUACCGACGAAACCAUCGAAAGAAAUCAUACACAUUGUAUUCUGUUUGACGAUGGUAAACUAAGUGGUUAUCUAAGUGAUGAACAACGACGUGAUUUAGUUAAAGAAGCAUGUGAAGAUGAUGAACAUAAAUGUUAUGGUGUAACAAUUAUCGUCGAAGGUGGUAGGAAUACUAUUGAAAUUCUUAAAAAUGACAUACGAAAAAAACGGCCCAUUGUAUUUAUUGAAGAUAGUGGCCGUUUAGCAGAUGUAUUUGCUUCAUUAAUCAAUCAAACAGCUGAUGCAAAGAAUGAUCAACAAUUUACUCCAUCAAAUGAAGUUGUGAGAAAAGCUCUGGUUGAAUUCUUUCCUAGUCUCGAUAACGAUGAAAUCAGUGAAAUAACAGAAAGAAUACAAAAGAUAUUGGUUAAAAAGAAUCGUCAUUUACUAUAUGUUUUCCGUAUGGACCGUGAUAAAAGUGUAGCAGAAACAAUAUUUAAAGCUAUUUUUACUAUAAAAAAUAAGAAAAAUGAAAUCAAUGAUAGUAGUGAACAAAAAGAUGAAGAACAAAAUGAAAGCAAUGAUAGUAGUGGACAAGAAGAUGAAGAGCAAAAUCAAGAUAAGCAGUAUGCAGAGGAUGAAGAUAUAUUAUUAGAUCUGGCAUCUCAAUGGAACUAUUUUGAUGGUGCUUUAUCAAUAUUAAAAAAACGACAAAAAAUUAAGAGUAAUAAUAAAGAAAUUAAAGGAAUUAAAGAGAAAUAUAUGACAUGUUACAAAAAGUUAUUUCGAGAUUCAUUGAUAGAAAAUCAUCCAGUUUUUGUUGAAUAUUUCCUUGCUGCUGGUUUUGAUCCACUUAAACUCCUUGGUAUUCAGCGUGUUGAACAUUUUCCUGCUGCUGGUGUUGGUCCAAUUGAACUCUUUGGUAUUCGACAUGUUGAACAUUUUCUUGCCGCUGCUUUUGAUCCAUUGAAACGCAUUUGUACUAAAAAUGUUGAAGAACAACGCCAUGAAAAGCUAUUAAAAUUAUAUCAAGAUACUUUCGCGGAAAUAAAUAAGAGCAAUGGUAGCUAUAUAAAAGAAUUAUUUGGUGAACCAAUCAGGGAAACAAUAGAGACACUUGAUAUAAAGUUAAAUAGAUUUAUUGGUUCUUUUAUUGAAGCAAUUUAUUCAAAAGAAUAUAAUACAUAUACAAAACGUAUUUGUAUUGAUCUGACAAAUUAUGUAUGUAGUUGCUGCAAUAGUGCAAUAAACGAUAAUGCUUCAAAGAACAGCCAAGUUUUUCCAAAAUAUAAUAAAGAUACUCAAUCUCAAGAUCAACAAAAUAAUAAGAAAGAUUUACGUAAAAAAAAUGACAUAGAAGAUUCAGGUGAAAAUAAUAAUACGGAGAAUUUACUUGAAAAAAAUAAAUUAUUACGUGAUUUAUUUUUAUGGUCAGUAUUCAUGGAUAUGCCUGAAAUGGCGAAAAUACUUCUCAUUCAUCAACAAUCUCGUAUAUGUGCUGCUUUGAUAGCUUCAGCUAUAUUUAAACAAUAUUCAAAAAAGUCGUUAACUGUUGAUCUCAAAGAAAAAUUUCAAAUUCAAGCAGAUGACUUUGGAAAAUAUGCAGCCGACUUUAUCAAUGACUGUUACAAAUAUAAUGAACGAUCAGCAUGUGAAUUACUUCUACGACAAGUACCACUUUUUGGUAAUAUCACAUGUAUGCAGAUUGCCAUUUCAAGCGAAAAUAUUCAACUAGUCGGAACAGCUUGUUUUGAUCAAACACUGACUCAAGUAUGGUACAAUCAAUUAUCUAUGACAAAUAAUCAAACAUUAACAAGACCGGCACAGUUUCUAUCCAUAAUAACUUUUGGACUUUUAGCACCAUGUAUCAUUUCAUAUCGAGAAAAUGAAUCUAAUACACAAGAGAUAUCAUUAUCAUCAAAAGGUAUCAACUAUUAUGCUGAUAAAGAACCAACUAAAAAUGCAUUCAAAAAAUAUUGGACUCGCUUUCGCUAUUUUCACGGAAGCCCAUUUAUCAGAAUGUGUUAUCAUUUUAUAAGUUAUAUUUGGUUUUUACUUGUAUUUAGUUAUAUGAUGCUUUAUCAUCUCAAUAGUCCAGAUACAUUGGGAAUUCCACAUUGGACUGAAAUCUAUGUUAUUAUUACAGUAUCAACUAUGUUUUGUGAAGAGAUUCGAAAGCUUACUCAUGAAUAUAAAUAUCGAAUGGUUGAACGAUGGGGUUCAACCGGAUCAACUAUAUUAACAAUUUCAACAAAUAUAUUUUAUAUUGCACCAUAUUUAUUAUUUUAUCUUGGUCUAAUAUUUCGAUAUAGUGGUUAUGAUGAUAAAAUCUUUACUACUGGAAGAAUUAUAUGGGCAUUUGAUCUUGAACUAUGGUAUCUUAGCUCAUUGAAAUUUGUUGUAGCAUUAAAACAUGUAGGACCCAGAUUAUUUAUGCUUAAAAAUAUGCUUCGUGAUCUAGCUGCUUUUUUCUAUAUAAUUUUCAUUGCAAUAGCUGCAUAUGGUGUUGUAUCUCGUGCAUUAAUUUUUUAUCGACAGAUUCCAUUUACUGGUAGUGAUAUAUUGAGAGAAAUCUUUUAUGAACCAUACUGGUUUAUAUAUGGAGAUGUAUCUGAUAAAGAUUUACUUGAUCAGAUAAUUAGUGAUGGAACACAAUCACUUAUUGCUGAAGCAACUGCUACACAUGUUUUAUUAGCAUUUCAUAUGUUAUUCAUUAAUAUUCUUAUAUUGAAUUUAUUAAUUGCUGUUUUUACUGAUACAAUUGAUAAAGUAAAAGAAAACACAGAAUUUUAUUGGCGUUAUCAACGUUAUUCAUUUAUUCGUGAGUAUUUUGAACAACCGCCAUGCGCUUAUGCACCAUUAAUCAUAGUUUCACAUAUUAUACUACUUAUUCGUUAUAUUUAUUCAAAAUUAUGUUGUAAACGAACUGAAGUUAAAUAUUAUACAGAGUCAAUAACAUUAUUACGUAAUUUUAAAAUGAUCGCAGAACCUAAUACUUUAACAAGCGAUCGCUGGGAUGCAUUUGAAAGUGCUGCGACUCACAAUUGUGCUAAAUCAAAAGUAGAAAAGAUUGAUAAACAAAUGCAAGAUCUUUCACAAAAGGUAACUCAAUCAUUACAAUGGAUCAUGGAUGCAAUAGCACGAGUAAAAAUGAAUGAUCGUAAUAAAGAACCACCCUUAUUGACAUCAACAUCUGUUGGUGACAGUAAUGUCCCAAAAUCAACUCAGCCAACAGAAAAUUCUAAUUAA